UACAACUGCAAUAUUCUACGAUUGGUUGCAUAAUUCUGCACAUUUGAGAACCGAAACCUCCCAUUCGGCAACUUGCGACGACGUACAAACUGGCAGAGGACGAUCCCACAACGAACGAAGGAAAAGACUUGGCUUUGCGACAGGACCACGAGGACGAUUCGAAACCGCAGCAGUGGGAAGAAUUUGGUCAUACGUUUCAACCCGGAGAGCUUGAGCUACUCAAGCAAAGUAUUGUUCAAAUGGCUCUCAGCAGGAUCGAUGGGCAGGACGAGCUAUUCGUCGGAGGUCUCUGGGCCUUGCGCCGCUCCGACUCGCUAACCGACCGUCGCAUCACCCACGUCCUCUCCCUCGUACCCUUCGACAUCUCCAGUCUCAAGAACUUCAAGGACGAGCCCUGGAUCGACUACGGAAAGGACUUUCGUCACCAGCUCAUCGAUAUCGACGAUGUGGAGGAUUCUGACCUGCUGAUUGAGCUGCCCAAGGCUGUUAGGUUCAUCGAGGAAGGUCUUGGCGCGAACUAUAUGGAGCAUGCUGACGAUGAUGGGGGCGUCUCGUUAGAAAAGGACGUUGAUGUCGUGGAGAAGAAGAGGAAGAAGAAGGGAGGUGUCUUUGUUCACUGCGCUGUUGGAAAGUCGAGAUCUGUUUCGGCUGUCAUUGCCUAUCUUCUUCGUCGAUAUCCAAGCCGUUUCGAUCCCAACAUUACACCUACUGCGAUCUCGGAUCCGUCCCAGUCUACUGGUAGUGAGACAUCAGCGGAGAAGCGCUCAAGGAAAGAAACAGCCCAAGAAGCCGUCCAUGCCGCUCUCACGUAUGUCCGCCGAACACGACCCAUGGCUGAGCCUAACGAGGGCUUCAUGGAGCAGCUUGCUCUGUGGUGGGAGAUGGAAUGCCCAGACGAUGUCGAGUCACACCCUGUUUACCAGCGGUGGGCUUACAAGCGUGAGAUUGACGAGAACCUUGCAGUAGGCCAGGCACCGACAAGGCUCCGCUUCGAAGAUGAAGAGACGCAGCCUCAUGAUGACUCAGGUCUUAGUCUACGGUGUAAAAAGUGUCGUCGCACCCUUGUCACAGCGCCGUUCAUCAUGGAGCACAAACCUUCUGAGAAGAAAUCAUCUGCGUCUACGUGCCAGCAUUACUUUGUUGAGCCACUGAGCUGGAUGCGCGGAGUGCUUGAGAAGGGAGAACUAAACGGUCGGUUGCUGUGUCCGAACGACAAGUGUGGUGCUGGCGUAGGCCGGUAUGACUGGAAGGGUUUCCGGUGUUCGUGCGGAGGAUGGGUGACGCCGGCGUUCUCGCUACAAAAGGCGAGGGUAGAUGACGUUGUGAAGCGGCCGACGGGCCAGAGCAUGGGGAUCCGGAUGCCGCCCGGACAAGCUCCGCGGAGCGGGAACCUGUGAGGACUAGAGACAAGGGAACGGGAGUCCUUACUGUUGUUGCAGUACCCAGAUGACAUACGCGCCGCGUAAAAAGCCGAUCAACAAAGACUUUCUGCUAACGCAUCCGUGACUAUAAGUCUCCGACUCGUUACGGGACCCGAAUGACAUGUCCGGGGACCCCACAGGACGCCGAAAUCUUGGCUUUGACAGGCCCGCCUAUCCCUCGGAUAGCUUUACCCUGUCGAGGAUUUUAAUGCUAUGGGAAGCUAUACCUUGUCUGCAUUCUUUUUCUUCUGCAGCAACACUUGUCGACAUGUUGGCGAGCGAACCAUUGAGACAAAAGCCAGCGGGGUAGGCAUGUCAGGAUAAGCCCUAGGGCUUACAGGGCGUGAGACGAUCAAGACUGUGCAUGGGAAGAGACUGGCAUACUGAACGGAAGGAAGACGACCGGGAGCUUCGGGCUCCAGAGAGAAGAGACGGGAUGAUGGGUUGUGGCAUGGUUCCGUUCCUCAUGUGGGUCAUUUCCGAGCGACGGAUUCACGAUGCGAGACGCAGAGUCGGACCUACGGUAGU